AUGAUUUACAAAUUUCUUUUCCUCUUUUAUUGUUAACAUACCUAGGUUCCUGCCUGGAGGAUUUGGUGAUCCCCUGCUUCUAGACACGGAAGCCUGUUAAGCGAAAGUUUCUUCUAUUCCGUCCACAACCAUUUAAACCAUUUGAACAUUCCGCGGUUAUCAAAACGUACGUUACGGUUCAGCGUGCAAAUGCCAUAAGGCUCCGUUCUUUUUCCUCAACAUGGUAACCAUCUCUUUUCCACUGGGCUUGAUCUGGAAGUAUGACCGUACACAUUAAGUGAUACGUGUCUUGUAAAUGUACCCAUGGGUACAUUGCAAGCUCUCAACUUUGGGGAAAUCCCCAGGUCUGGGAAAAUUUUGGGUUUUGGGUCUCAUUUCUCAAAAAUUUGCUAUAGCGGCUUCUCCAAAAUGGGCCAAAUUUUCCCCAAAAUUGGCAGCUCGGGUACAGAUUGAUUAUUAACAAUGUCAUGUCCAUGACAAACUUACUUUGUGAAUAGUUUUUGAUAUUAUUUGCAUUUAUUCUGUUAAUUUUCAGUAUGUUCAUUUAAAAACACGUGUGUCAGUCUUUCUGACAAAAAUCAUUGUUAAUAACAUGUUCCUGCUGUAGGUUGUAAGUAUGAUCAUCGUCUACACAAACCUGAAGAAAAUUAACCAGCAAAUUUAGUCGAAAAUCGGGCUACUUGGAGUAGAUUUCAAGAUAUCUUCUCCCUAGGAAGACGUUUCUACUGUUCUCUACUUCCUCAUUUUCGUUUUUCUGGGUAUUUUUUACCCGUAACCUUUUUUUUAACUAAUCCAAACCGAUUAUCGAAACUGAACCCAAAAUGCAACAAGCUCAUUAUGGGAUACGAAGCUGUAUAUCAGGGUGUUUAUUCCAACCGCUUGUGAUGUAAUACGUAAAUACAUGUGAGAAAAUACACUUUUUCUUACCUUAAAACUUGACAGUAAAGUUGCUUUAUGCCUUUCUUUUUACGAACUAAUUCUUUCUUCCUGCAUUACAUCCUUAUGCACGGGCUUCCUUUUAUAUAUUACAACCACUGGAGUAACUACUUCCAUGAAUUCGGUGCUUAUCUUGUUGUGUUAAUGAGGUAUGGUGACCUAUAGUGAUGCAUAUAUGUGCCUGGUUCUAUAUUGUAGCUGACUGAUAUAUAAAGGGAAAGUCGUCAGGUUCCACUUCUAAAUAAAAUUCAGUGUCAUAAAGAAGUCAAUUAUAAGUGGAUUCCUAUCACAUGAUAUUAUAUGAUAACUGCUUGGCAAUGAAUAACAUGACUGUCUGAACGAUAGGAAACGGACCGGACAAAUAACUCAGAUUCACUUUGACUCAGCUACGGAUCGAUAGGAAUAAAAUACAAUGAAAUAGAAUAUAAAAUAUAAGGUCCAGCUUAUAAGACUAGGUCGUUAUUAUUAUACGCGUCUGGUCUGUGAGAUCAUCGAUUUAAUUAGUUGGAAACUUGAAACAUUCCCCCUCAAACUAGUGAUGCUUUUAGCAUUCCAAGUCAUAAUGUCUAUUUUAAAUUGUUCUUCUAUAUGUUUCUCGAGUCAUCUAUCCGAAACGAUUUUUUGUUUCUUUGUGUUGCAAUGUGGUCAUCACCAGAAUGCCCUAAUCACAGUACACAACAUUUCAUUCUUGUCUUUUUUCAGAUUGUACUAUUUGUUUCUACUGAAACUACUUUGAAUAUUUAGAUGGCACUGGUGGGUUAUAUUAACUCUCAAACCCCUGGACAUAUUUUAAACUAUUCUGAAAGCUUUUUUGGAGGAAAUCUCAUCACCUUCCCAAAUGUGAAACCACCACCUGUAGACAAAAUACAAUGUAUGGUUUGCCGUAAAACUAUGGACUUUAUUAUGCAGUUAUAUUGUCCGAUUGGCGAUUCAAAAUAUCACAGAACACUUUAUAUUUUUGUAUGCAUAAAUGGUCCUUGUCAAUCCAGUGGAAACAACUGGAAGGUCUUGCGUUCACAAUACUUUAUAAAAUUCGAUCAGAAUUCUCAGUCGAAACCAUGCACAAAUUGGUGUGCUGAAUAUGAAAAUGAUAGUUCUGAUGGAGAAAGUUGGGGUCAAGAUGCUGAUAAAAGUUCGGAAAUUCAACGUAAAGUUGAAAAUUUAAAUGAACAAUCAUCUCUUACUGGUCGCUUUCAAUGUUAUUCAAUUGAUAUCUACGAAGAUACUACUAUUGCUACCACUAGUAGUAGUAGUCAUACUGCAGAACCUGAAAUAGACAUAAUCAACCAUGAUGAUGACGAUAUUGAAGUCAAAUCCAAUUCACCAUCAAUUAAACACUUCCUAUCAAAAUGGUCAGAAAAAGUCCUAAUCGAUAAAGAGUUUGUUGAAGAAGACGAUAAUACUGGCCCUGAAGCUUUUAGCGAUGAAUUAUUAUCUUACAUUGCCAACAGAGGAGAGUAUGGAUGUGAAGAUAUUCGUUAUUGUUGGUCUGGCCAACCUAUUUUCAAUGGCCUUCCUCCAAGUGAUAUAGCAAACUAUUCAACAUGUCAUCGAUGCGGUUCAGAACGAGUAUUUGAACUACAACUUUUCUCUACAAUAAAUAAUUCUCUUCGAUUAUCUACAUUAUUAAACGAAGACUACGACGGAGUAAAUGUUAGUUGGUUAUUAAAUAUUGUCACAGUAUUAAUAUUUACUUGUCGAGAUUCAUGUUGGUCACAAACAGCAGAUGAUUGGGUAGAAGAAUGUGUUAUAGUUCAAACAGAUAAAAAUGUAACUAAAAUAAUCUGUCCGUCAUAAUAAUAAUGAUUAGUCUGUAUAUAUGUAUUAUAUUGUAUAUAAUCUAUUGUCUUAAUAUUGCCAAUAAAAUUAUAAUAUGUACCAUUAAAAUAGCACGCUUUCUUCCUCAAUAUCCAUGUGAUAAAAUUGUUUCUUACAUUUAGUUUGAAAAGUAAUUUUCAUCGUGAACCCUUGAAAACGAAAAUGCAAUAGUGAACUGACUAUCCUUAGUUUAAAGCCGUUUAGCAACCAACUCUCACGUCUUAUCAGAUCAAAUCGUUGACGUUCAGAUAUCUCACGAAUCAUGACACCUAACUACUGUGUAAGAUUCUAUAAGUCAUAGAUGUUCUAACUUUGGUCAAUUUACUAUAUGUCCGCAUACUUUAGAUGCAUACUGAUGUGAAGUCGCGAUUCCGAAUAAGAUAGCUAUCUAAAACUUUAUCGUUUCCAGUCUUUGUCUAUCAAAUGUCAGCCGUAAUGGAAAUCGCAUUCUUUCUCAAUUAUUAGUAAUGUCUUGUCGUGAUGCUGUUGAAAUUGGAAACAAAAAAACAUGCUCCCAAUGAGAAUUUUUGGCUUAACGUUGUUGAGUAUGUAUUUGUAGUUGGAAUGCAUCCAGAUAAAAUGCACGCCAAUCCUAGUCUUUUCCACUAAUUAUGGCAUCGUUACUACUCCUAAUACUAUGUGAAUUGUCUUAAAAUAAUUUUAUCUUGUUGUGCAAAUCUGGUACGGCAACUUAAAUGGAUGCAUAUAUAUAUCAAGUUCUAGGUUGUGUAUGAUUGACUGACUGCUAUCAAUCUGAGCAACAACACUAGGGGAUUCAUCCAAACAAAUAUUUAAAUCCAAUGCAUUGCUUCGUUGUGAGACAAUAAAGCCUAAUUAUAUGUGACCAACAACUCUAUGAUUGCCAUUCAGCAUACAGUGUUAGACUUUAAGUCCAUAAUACUAACUCACCAACUAAGUAUGGAUCUCUCUACUUGAAAUGAGGCGAUACUGAUUGUAAGAGCUGCAUUAACUUAGUUAAAACAAUCUAGACGAUUUAUGCAACAAUAAUAAGUAUAAAUUUCUUGUUACCUCUACAUUAAUCAAUACUGUCCUACUCAGCAGGUAAUACAAAAUCUGUGAAAUAGUAACUCGUUAGAAGCAGGCUCGUACUUUCUCAUAUCCGGUAGCAACGCUUCUUAGUUAGUGCUGAAAACCAUCAGCGUGUUUGGGCUCUGUGACAAUGGUUCAAUACCUCAAGACACUAACUCGGUAAUUUGACAUGCACAACAAAUUUUGUCCCAGAGAAUUUCACAUCAUGUAUUAUUUGUUGACGCUAAGAUUAGUUGGAAAAAGUAGAUAGGUAGUCAGUUUACGACAGCGCCACGGUACAAAAGAUAGCUGUGUAAGACUGGGGUUCUGUCGGUUUAUCACAACUCCUCAGUUUGGGUUCUAGAAACCAGUUAUAGACUCCUAUGAAAAAUCAUGUCACUAUGUUUCCUGUUAAAUAUGUAUUUAUAACAAAAAGUAUAACAUUUUGUUUUAUUCAAAGAUUAAUUUAUGGGUAACUUCCGGGAACUAUUAAUAGACUUAUAUAUUAUAAGCUUUCAUUUGACCUACUGGCUACUCAUACAAUUUACCAUUCUUAAGUUACAAUCGCUCACACUCAGCCACUUUUGGCUUGAUCUUGUAUAAUUGAUAAUUUUUUAUUUUAUGGUGUGUUGCGAUCUGGUUUGCUUGUAUAUAAACUAUGUAUGUCUGAAAUAUAUUGUUCAUACAAUAAAAGCUGAGACUAUGUUCCGGACUGAACGAGCACGGCUAGGCGAGAAGUUACUAUUUUGAGGACCGAUAAGAAUUCAGAGUUGACGCAAGGCUGCUAGUGUUGGUUGACUUGACAUUGGUUUAGCACAGGAACAAGGUCAUGCAAUUCGGUAUUCUGAUUGACGAUUUUGUCACGUGGUAACUGAGAGGGGCAAAAGACAUAACACAUAAAAGACUAAUUUGUUUUCUUAUCAAAACAUAAUCGGAAAACAUUUCGAUGAUUAGUGCACUACUACCUAUGGCGGUUGUCAUCAGUUACUUCAUACAAAACAUUGGAUUUCAAAUGUUUUGACGAGCAAUAAUAUUAAAUAUGGUUUCUAGUCAACCCAUAUGUACAUCAAUAAGGAUUUAUAUCAUGAUCAACAUCACGGAACGAUCUUCGUUAAGUAAACAGAAAACACUAGGACUGUUCAGCUGUACGCAUCGACGACGUUGCUACUACCCACGACUAUUGGUCUCGCGUACGAACGCAUAAACUUUAAACUGAUGAGUCGAUACCCAGUAGUCUAUGUGUUUAACUUCAAUCAAUUCGUAAAAUCGAGAAAACUACAUUCCAAUAUGCUUGGAGACUAACUACCUAACAUUUAAACAUGCGUGAACUCGACUGAUCUGUUUCUCAUUAGAACUACAAAAUUACCUUUUGAAAUACCUCCCUCGAUGAACGCCAGUAGUUAUUGGUUGAAGUUAGACAUUAACACCGUUGGAUGCCGGCUCAGUGGUCUAGUGGUUAAGUGCUCGCGCGCGAAGCCAGUAGGUCCUGGGUUCG